GAUAUAGUGAAUGCAGGGUCCGGGGAGACCAGAUAUAGUGAAUGCAGGGUCCGGGGAGACCAGAUAUAGUGAAUGCAGGGUCCGGGGAGACCAGAUAUAGUGAAUGCAGGGUCCGGGGAGACCAGAUAUAGUGAAUGCAGGGUCCGGGGAGACCAGAUAUAGCGAAUGCAGGGUCCGGGGAGACCGGAUAUAUAUGAAUGCAGGGUCUGGGGAGAGCGGAUAUAGUGAAUGCAGGGUCUGGGGAGAGUGGCUAUAGUGAAUGCAGGGUCUGGGGAGAGCAGAUAUAGUGAAUGCAGGGUCCAGGG